AUGCUCUGGAUAAAAGCGAAUUUGAAUUUUUUGAGGACCGUGAUUGAAACUCGAAAAACCGUAUUUAUUGCAGCCGAGUCCAGGACAGUGAACGCUCUAGAAACUACAAUGAACGGUGUGUUCGCAGUGAACAAGCCAUCGGGCCCUACUUCGCAUGACAUUGUACAUAAGAUCCGUGAUCUAUUUAACAAAUCGUCCUUAUUUGAAGCCGAUAUUAAAAAGGUUACCAGCCAAUAUAAGGGAGGCAAGAAGUCGCGUAGACAGCGACUACCGCCUAUAAAAGUGGGUCAUGGAGGUACUUUAGAUCCACUGGCAGAUGGCAUUCUAGUAAUUGGCGUUGGAAAUGGAACGAAAGAAUUACCUAAAUAUCUUGGCAAUUGUACGAAAGUAUAUCGAGCAACUGCCUUACUAGGUACUACCACGGAUACCUAUGAUUCGGAAGGAAAAGUUGUGGGUAGAGGAAAGACAGAUCACAUUACCGACGAAAUGGUCGCGACUGCAUUAACAAAGCUUCGUGGUGACAUUUCUCAGAUCCCUCCUAUUUAUUCAGCCCUGAAGAUGGGCGGCAAGAAACUCUAUGAAUAUGCUCGGUCUGGCCAGCCAUUACCGCGAGAAAUUGAGGCCCGCAAUGUGACUGUCCACGAAUUAGAACUUAUAAACGGUGGAUUGCAGUGGGAUCACAAAUUUUCUGCUCCUGCUAUUGAGAGUCCGGAAGAAGAAAGGAAAAUUUCAAUCGAAUUUGAAGAGAAAUCUCUACAGUCAAAGGGACUUGCUCCUCCACCAGAGCUGUUUUACGAUGGAACGAUUCCUGAAAACUCAAAACCAAGCCCUAUUCUUGAGAUUAGAUUCAGUGUUUCUUCAGGAACAUAUAUUAGGACAUUGAUCCAUGAUCUUGGCUUGGCAUUAGGAUGUGGUGCACACAUGGUGACACUGACCCGUCUCCAACAAGGCAAUUGGAAAGUGGGUGAAAACGCAUUUGAACUGACUGAUUUCACACAACACCCUGACUCCUACUGGGGACCACCUUUACAAUAUUACUUGCAUUCUGGACCUGGAGAAACUUUAAAAAAUCUCUUUCCCAAAGAAGAACCCGGGCCUGCUACCCAAGAUCAGGAAGAAAAUGAAACGAAAGAAGACACAGCUCUGACAAACGUUAAACAAAAAAAUCCGGAUCAUGUACAGGGAACUGAAACGGAAAACUACAAACGAUAA